AUGAGCAACGAAGCCCCUAAGAAGGAGUCCGUCAUGGGCGUACCUCCUUUCAUUAUCGAUUUCUUGAUGGGUGGUGUCUCCGCCGCCGUCUCCAAGACUGCCGCCGCUCCCAUCGAGCGUGUCAAGCUCUUGAUCCAGAACCAGGAUGAGAUGUUGAAGACUGGCCGUCUUGACCGCAAGUACGAUGGUAUCGUCGAGUGCUUCAAGAGAACCACUGCCCAAGAAGGUGUUGCAUCUCUCUGGAGAGGAAACACAGCCAACGUUAUCCGUUACUUCCCUACACAAGCCCUCAACUUCGCGUUCCGUGACACCUACAAGUCUAUGUUCGCCUUCAAGAAGGAGCGUGAUGGAUACGCCAAGUGGAUGAUGGGUAACUUGGCUUCCGGUGGAGCUGCCGGUGCCACCUCUCUGCUCUUCGUCUACUCCCUUGAUUACGCCCGUACCCGUCUUGCCAACGACAACAAGAACGCCAAGACUGGUGGUGAGCGUCAAUUCAACGGCCUGGUGGAUGUCUACAAGAAGACCUUGGCUUCCGAUGGUAUCGCCGGUCUCUACCGUGGUUUCGGUCCUUCCGUCGCCGGUAUUGUCGUUUACCGUGGUCUCUACUUCGGAAUGUACGACUCCAUCAAGCCCGUUCUCCUCGUCGGUCCUCUUGAGGGUAACUUCAUUGCCUCCUUCCUUCUCGGAUGGACCGUCACCACUGGUGCCGGUAUCGCCUCUUACCCCUUGGACACUAUCCGUCGUCGUAUGAUGAUGACCUCUGGUGAGGCCGUCAAGUACAAGUCUUCCAUGGAUGCUGGUCGCCAAAUCAUUGCCAAGGAGGGCGUCAAGUCUCUCUUCAAGGGUGCUGGUGCCAACAUUCUCCGUGGUGUUGCCGGUGCCGGUGUGUUGUCUAUCUACGAUCAAAUGCAGGUCUUGAUGUUCGGCAAGGCCUUCAAGUAA